UGAAGCCAAUUUCUGGUGCCCCCCAGGUGAAGUUGCAAGAAUAUUGCUAAAAGUGCCAUAAAACCGUUCUUGCUCACUAACUAAAGGUGUUCCAAUCCUGAAUCUUUACGUGCCAUAUUUAAAGGCCUUAGUGGUAUUCAGUGGUAACAAACAUGAAGACCUCCAGGUUCAGACGAGCUCUGUGGAGUAGUUGAUGCAUGUGUUUUUCCCAGUGUUACACAUGGUUGCUUAACUUUUGACCAUCAGUAUAUUGCAAAAAUGAUGUCAGUUUUCCUUGAUGCCAGUGAUAAGUUUAUGUUGAUUUCUUUCCUAAUUACUACUUAUUCUGAACAUACAUGAAACAUGUUGGACCAAUCCUUGUUUAGAUGUAAACUCAACGAAUUCAAAUGUAUGACAUUUCUGUUUUUUCCUUGGAGAUUGGCAGAAUUGUUUGGACAGUGUUCUGUUUGUUACCUAAGUCAAAGGGAACGUAGGUGUGGGCCUUUGCCCCUGACAUAGAUAAGACAUGGCUGUGAAAUUAUAUUCCAUGGUUGUUUUCACAUCAAGUCAGGCAUGUAAAGAAAUAGUGCACAAUUGUGAUUAUUCACAUUGACAAUCACAAUUGUAUUUUUUGGGGCAAGCCCUGAGACACUUAAGGUACUUUAACCAGAUAGGUACCUUCAGACAGCUAUUGUCCGACAUGCUACCAAGUCAAGUAUGAGAUUUGAAAUGAUGAGAAUUAGCGGUACUGUUGGAUUCAAGGAGAGAAAAAUGAAAACAUGCAGGCAAUUCUUGGCAUAAGUGAACUUUGCCUUUUUCAAUCUUCUUUAAUCUGUGUUGUCAUGGAAACAGACCCGAAAUUAAAUUAGGGAAAUAAGUUAUUAUUUAGUCAUUCAGACAGAAAAUCAUGAGAAAAUGUUUCUGGUAAGUUUUGUAGAAUACUCUAGUGUUCAGGAUGUGAGCAUGGAUGCGUGAUUGUGAAAGGUUGUGUAUAAAAGCACACUGGCAACUAAACAUGGAUGUGGUACACAGCAGCUGUGGAAGGAUGUUGUUCAUAUAGUGGUCCACAUCCUUGAGAUGAUUAAUAUAAUGAUUGUCAUUGUCUUAUAAUGCUUAUUUUGUUUGUUUAAUUUAAUUCCAAUUGAUUUAGCAAUCCACAAAUUGAUGCCCACCGGUAUAUAGCGCCUCCAUGUAAAUAUCACUAAUGAGGUCGUAGAAAUACACGCAGGAUAUUUUUCAUCCAAGAUGUAGAUUUUGAAAUCCUGAUCCCUUAUCAUGUAGCAUGUUAACAGUCUAGCAAGAUAACAAGGUAUUUGUUCCCACCAUUUAGAAUGUCAUACGUUUUGUUGAAAAUUAACUUUAAUGUAGUGUAAUUAGCAAAACGUUUCCUUAUGUCGGAGCCACUUGCAAAAUGCAAUCUUAGUGCUAUGGCUUUUGAAGAAAUGCUACAUAUGAUUGUCAGUCUUAGCUCUAAGAUAGUUUUGCGCAAGGUCAGCGAAAUCUGGAAGGCAGGUAAUGCAUUGUUAGCUUCAUAUUUGUUUAUAUAUUGAAUUGGUAUGUAAUUGUCUGGGUUUCCAUAAUUAUGGCAACUCAUUGUUUGAUGGAAUUUAGAGUUUAACAAGUACCUUGUAGCUAUUAAACUUUUGUUAUGAGCUAUGUAUAGCUCAUCUUGCAUGAGCCUCUCCUGAAACCCCAGUCUGAUGGCCACAGUGGAUGAGGAUGGCAGACGGCGUUUGUUCUUGUGGGAAUUACUAUUUUCAGUGUGGUUCUGUAUAAGUUGGCACUAUUAGGUUAGAAGCAUUCAACAUUAAGUUUGACCCAUGCUAAUAACAAACACGGGGUAACAAAAAACAUGUGCACAUGCUUCAUAGAUGUAAUCAGAAUUCACAGCGAAAUAGAUCAGUGAAAUGUACAUUUUUUACAUCACUACUUUAAUAGCUUUGUAAUUUUUAUUGUUUUUGUACAAUAUCUAAGUUUGAAAACAAAUUAAGCAUUGAAAGGAUACUUUCGGUUUGAGAGCUUUGAACAGUUUCUGGAGAGCUGGGCGCUACAUGUAAGCAUGCUCUGGUUAUGUUGAGUGUAAGAAUUGUAAUGAAAUAUUCUCCCUUGAAUGAUCACGUGAUUGUUAUCAGAAGGAAAAUGAUUCUACAGUGUAAGAUUGCUUUGUUAUAUCUUGAGCUGUGAAUCUAUUUACAGAUUGUUGCUGUUUUACUAACAAUAUAACCAUGGUUACGCGGUGACCUGACGAAGAAAUGGCAUUUGCUUUUUAACAGCUAAUGACCUAUGAAUGUGUUGUUCAAAGCAUCGGGCUAUAACAUAUUUAUUUCUGAAUUUCUCAUUUCAUGACUAGUGAUUCAUUCAUACUAUCAGAAUAUAAUUAUUUUCCUAGCAUUUUUAAAGUCAGAUAUAAGAUAAAAACAUCUGUGUCUAUUUUUCAAGGAGAUAUAAAUGGAAAUUUAAAAAUGAGUAUAUUAUGGCCCAAAAGUUGUCAUCAACCAAGUCAUAUUUCAUGGGACUAUUUUCUGUAAUCAGUUUUAGUCUUUGUCUACAAGUAAUGAUAGGCCUGUGUAUAUUGGAUACGACAUAAAGUUAAUAACAUGUUGUAUGCAUACACUGAAGCCUUGGACAUGGCAUCAGUACUUGAAUUUAUGAAAUUGCAUACACUGGGUAAAUGAAGCCAACAGUUGACUUCUACGAUAUGUUAGAGGUUGUAUUUUGGAGACUCGGUAAUGUUCUCAUUGUAUGUAAACUCAUGGUAUACACUACAGAACACUACACCAUAGGCGUCACAAUGUUGGCGUGGUCACCGACUUGGUGGCUCUACAUUACACAUAUCUAUGUAGGUUUGAUAACUGUCUCUCUUUCAUACCGGUCAUUGUAUUCCUACCUAUUUCAGCUCAGGCUCAACCACACCCCUCUUAGUGAAGAGCAUUUCCCUCCUCUUGCAAAACUAUUCCCCCUCUCCCAUUCCCCCAAUCAUCCUUUAGCUUUCCUCUUUCUCCACCAACAAACCCAUUCCAAGAUGUCUGCUGCAAGCAUUCCCUUCCCCCCAAGGCACUUUAAUCUCCCCUUGUUCACGUCCAGCAGAAGCACAUGCCUUCCCCAAACAUAUCCCAGCCCUUACCCUCUUCACCCUGUGUAUUCACAGGUUCCACCCCUCCCAAGCUCAUCCAAUCACUUUGUGUAUUUAGAUGCCCUCUCAUAUAAGCUCAAUGCCCCAAAUCCUCCCUACUACAACCCAUCACCCUUUACAUACUCAAACCCUCACAAGCACAACCCCACAUCCUGUUUCUUUACAUACCCAAACCAUCCCAAGCACAAACCCAACUGCCUUCACAUACCCAAACCCACACAAGCACAACCUCUCCCUGUUUCUUUACAUACCCAAACCAUCCCAAGCACAAACCUAACAGCCUUCACAUACCCAAACCCUCACAAGCACAACUUCUCCGUUUCUUUACAUACCCAAACCCACACAAGCACAACCACUCCGUGUUUCUUUACAUACCCCAGACCCUCCUGUCUACAACCCUGUUGCCAUUCCCUCGCCGCCACUCGAUACUUCAAGGGACCGAUAUAAGCAUCCUGUGAUCAGUCAGUGUGUUUAGUAUUGCUUAGAACCAGCAGGAAAUUGCGACGUUGACACUACAGUACAGCACUUGCAGCUUUUUGUAGAAUUCUCAUUACAUGGGGAAUGUGUAUUACAUACAUUGAAUAUCUCAUGAUGAAAAGACAAAAAGUGACACCAGUGUGUAUUAAUCACAAGUAAAUAUUCUAUAUUGGAUAUGGCAUUUACUGUAGGCAGUCUUCAGUCGGCAGAUAUGGUGCCGACUGUUUUGGUUCAGUGCUGACACUGUUUUUGUCAUGUGCCGAUUGUUCCGGUCUCUGCGCCGGUGGAGUGCACAGAGUGGAUGCUAUAUCCACAAUGUGUUAGAGAGAGCUAGUCAAUGCAGAAGGUUAGAACGGGAUAUAUACCCUGUUUAUCUGUCAAUCUAUGAAUAAAUUUGCUGUGAAAGA